AUGUCUCCAAAGCAGGCGACACUUGGGUAUGUUAAAGAUUCACAAACUACGUUGGGCAAGUUCUUUGGCCAACCAAAGGGCGCAAAGUCUGCGCUUGGGAAGCAAUCAAAGCUCUUCUUCUCUUCCAAAUCGAGUUCAAGCAAACCACCAGCAAACUCCGCAUCCUCUGAAGAAAACCAAGAUGUUGACAUGAAAGAUGAGGAGUCCCUUGCCGACAAUAAGGAUUCAGUCAAGAAGGAGGAAGGGUCUGAUGUGAAAGCAGAAGCAAAGAAGGAGAAUGUAAAGCAGGAGAAAGGUGUGAAGAGAUCAAGAUCAUCUAGUCCGAAACUCUCAGCAAGAACCAAGGCUAUAAAAAUCGAGGAGGUCAAGGAGGAAGAGGAGGACGACGAUGAAGACGAAGAGCCAAUUCUGAAGAAGCCUCGAAGAACUGGAAAAGUUGAGGCAAAAGAGAAAAAGCCUUUGCCUAAAUCCGCCACAAUCAAAUCCAAUACCAAAUCUAAACCAGAACCAUCUCCAGCGAAAGUCGCUUCGAAGAAUAUGCCGCCACCACCAAAAUCUGGCAAGAAACUUAAAGUGGUGGAGGAUGAGGAAGAAGAACAGGUUGGAGGAACGGCACCCUCACCGAAACCAACAAAACGACGAAACUCUAGCGCGUCCAAAUCAGCAUCAGAAUCGGAAAUUGAGGAGGAUUUGGAAUCUAGUGGAGACGAGAAGCCGGAAGUAGUUGCCAGAGCUAGAGAGAAGAUUCAAACAACAUUGAAAUCUAAUGGCAAAGACCCAUAUCCGGAUUGGAAAUCAGGGGAACCAGUUCCUUAUGCUGCUUUGUGUACAACAUUCUCCCUGGUUGAGAUGACGAGUAAGAGAUUGAUUAUUGCGGCUCAUUGUUCCCUGUUCCUUCGUCAAGUACUUCGUCUCACCCCCGAUGAUCUUUUACCUACUGUCCUUCUGAUGAUCAACAAAUUGGCUGCAGAUUAUGCUGGAAUUGAGUUGGGUAUUGGUGAAUCAUUAAUCAUGAAGGCUAUUGGAGAAUCUACUGGUCGGAGCUUAAGCGUGAUCAAAAACGACCAAAAGGAGAUUGGUGAUCUUGGGCUUGUGGCAGUCAAGAGUAGAUCGAAUCAGCCUGUAAUGUUCAAGCCGAAGCCAUUGACAAUCAGAGGUGUCUUGAAGAGUCUCAUCGAAAUUGCUACAAUGUCAGGCAACGGUGCCCAGGGCCGAAAAGUCGACGGAAUCAAGAAGUUACUUUCCGCAGCAGAUACACAAUCCACGGGUAAAGUUGACAUUACGAAAGAUAAGGGUGGAGCGAGUGAGGCAAAGUACAUUGUUCGUUUCCUCGAGGGUAAGCUUCGUCUUGGAUUGGCAGAAAAGACUGUUCUUGUCUCUCUAGGUCAGGCAAUGGUAUGUCAUGAGGUUGAGGCUAAAGGAUCUGGAAAGAUUCCAAGUACAGAACAAAUGGCCAAGGGAGAGUCAAUAUUAAAAGCUGUUCACAGUUCCCUUCCCAGUUACGAUGUAAUCAUUCCAGCCAUGUUGGAGCACGGCAUCUUCAACUUGAAAGAUAACUGCAUGCUACAACCUGGUGUACCAUUGAAGCCUAUGUUAGCCAAACCAACAAAAGCAAUCACGGAAGUUCUUGAUCGAUUUGAGAAUCAAACAUUCACUUGUGAAUACAAGUAUGAUGGAGAAAGAGCGCAGAUACAUUACGUCGCUAAGGAUUCUCCCAAACAAUAUCUUGGUGCCACACCUGCUUCUGCAAAAUCUUCUGUUGGUGGUCUCGCUGCCAUAUUUUCGCGCAACUCGGAAGAUUUGUCCAAGAAAUAUCCCGAUAUCCUUGACAAGUUGAACACUUGGGUUAAGGAAGAUACUAAGAGUUUUGUCCUCGAUUGUGAAACUGUUGGUUGGGAUAUGGUUGAAAAGAAAGUCUUACCAUUUCAACAACUCAUGACACGAAAGAAGAAGGAUGUCAAGGUCGAAGACGUCAAAGUCAAAGUCUGUGUGUUUGCUUUCGAUAUACUUUUUUUGAAUGGUGAAGCAGUUGUUGAGAAAUCUUUACGAGAACGCCGCGCACUUCUUCAUGGUGCUUUCCAGCCUGUUGAAGGCGAAUUUCAAUUUGCUACCAGUAUGAAUGGUCAAGAGAUUGAUGAAAUUCAAACAUUCUUAGACGAAAGUGUCAAGGCAUCGUGUGAAGGACUUAUGGUAAAGAUGUUGGAUGGUACGGAAAGUGGUUAUGAGCCAAGUAAGCGAAGUAGAAAUUGGCUUAAGAUCAAAAAGGAUUAUCUCUCUGGUAUUGGCGACUCCCUCGAUCUUGUUGUUCUAGGUGCCUAUUAUGGUCGCGGCAAACGCACCUCAGUUUACGGUGCCUUCCUUCUCGCCUGUCAUAAUCUCAAAACCGACACCUACGAAACCAUCUGUAACAUCGGAACUGGAUUCAGCGAACAAGUUCUCGAAGAGUUGCAUGCCCAACUUUCCGCUAUCGUCAUCGACCGCGCUAAGCCCUUUUACUCCCAUUCAUCAGGAAACCAACAUCAACCAGAUGUAUGGUUUGAACCAAAAUACAAGGCGGGAUGCAAGGAGGGUGUUGAUAAAGGUGGAGAGAAGGGUAUUUCGUUAAGAUUCCCAAGAUUCAUCAGAAUUCGCGAUGACAAGAAGCCGGAAAUGGCAACGACUAGUAGGCAGGUGGCGGAGAUGUAUGGGAAGCAGGAGAGUGUUACAAAGAGUAAAGGACCGAGUGUCGAUGAUGAUUUCGAGUAUUAG